AUGGCGUCUCCCGACCACCUGUUUGCCCUUCGGAACAACUUCUAUCUGGGCGCGUACCAGGCCGCGAUCUCCAGCGCCGAGCAGCUCCGCAGCCUCUCGGCCGAAGAGGCCGACGAGAGGGAUUCCCUCGUUUACCGCGCUUACAUCGCCCAGGGAUCCUAUCAGGCACCGACGAUGCGACUUGCCUGUCAUUGUUUCCCUAGAACUUCCGAUCUCGCUCUCUGACGUGUUCUUCGCUUUCCGUGCAGCUUGCGAUCCAGGACAUCAGUGACUCAGCAUCCACCUCCCUUCAGGCCGUCAAAUUUCUCGCUAGAUACCUUGAUCCUACAGAGAACAAGGUUGGUUGAUUUACUUGUAUCCCGAUCACGAUCACGUGGCAGUUCUCGCUGGCGGCGCAGUUUACAUUUUGGCCUAUUUCACUUUCAUUUAUUUUUCGUCAGAUCUCUUGGAAAAUUCUCGCAUCUAUUUAACUUUUCCGUUCUACCAUGAAGUGGCUCUGGGGAAUUAUGUGUCUCGGUGGAAAUGGGGAUGGAUCGCAGGAUGUAUUUCUUUUUCUGUCGUCAUUCAGAAGACCAAAAGAAAGAAAGAAUCAGAGUUUAUUGGAAAAAUAUCCUUAGAUGAUGGCUUCCAAGGUUUACACUACGGCUUUCAGUUUUACGACAUGUCUGGAGUCUGAAGAGAGGUUCCUUUUCUUUGAGGGUUAGCUGUGUUGACAGGCUUGUACGAUAUAAUAUUUAAUGAUUUCUGUGGGGUAUACUUGGAUGUUGCCCUGUUUAUUGAUUUUGUUGGAAGACUCUACAUUUUACUUUUAUCAUUCCCUUGAAUCACCAAGCGAAGAAACCUAAAAACAUCCUAAAUUGCUAUUUUUUUGUCCUUAAUCAUUUGGUUGUGCACAGAUUCAUCACGUCUUGGUUCCCGUUACACAACAUAGCUUUCGUUGGAAGACUAUCUUGCCCUUUUUUGAUCUAAUAUUUCAUGCUACAUUUGUUUACCAGACUUUCAGUUCAUGGGUUUUAACUUCCAAAAUAAGUCAUGAUUCUAAUGCACUGAAAUUCUAAGUUGAUUUCAUUGUGUUGCUCAAAACUUUUGUGUGCAUAAAAAUGGCUGAAUGUCAUAGCGAGGGUUUAGAUUUUGUUGUUCAAGUUAAUGCAUUUGCAGCAUGCUUAUCUGCAUUGAUGGUUAAAUAUGCUUUUAGAAAAACUUAUUACUCUCAGAAGUAUAGAAGCACAUAUUUUGCCAGUGAUGGGAUCUCUUUAAAGUAAAAACAUGUAAUAUUUCUAUAUUCAAUGAUGGAAAGAAUGGUGCAGAGAUAGUUGCUAGUUUAUGUUGAAGGUUCAACAGAAAUCCGAUUGUCAAUUCUGAUGAUCAGACCAGAGUGUAAAAGAAAAAGAGCUGAUGAAGAAGUGGCUAAGUAUUACAUAUUUGAAACACCAUGCAAAAGAGAAUUGUAUAUGGUUCAUUUUGUGGGUCACGUACUUAAGGAAGUUAAUCACAAAAAUUAUUAUAAGGUAGCGGUUCACUUACAUAGGUUUUAUGGAUCUUCUAAUGGUCAGUUAUUCAAGUAUUCGUCAAGUUGGAAAGAUAAUGGGUUUAUAGAACAAGAUUUAUCUUCUAAUGAUCAUCCAUUGGCCUUCUGUUAAGAUGUUGGAGAAUUUUAUAGAACAAGGUUUAUCACCUCCUGGCUAUUUAUGUGUUCUGUGUACCUGUUGAGGGGCCAUGCAAAGGAAUCAGAUUUCAAGGUCAGUCAACGUUCAUCCAAAUUACAUUGGGCAUUCUUCAGUUAACAGUUAUAUCCGGGGCAGCAUUUGAACGAUCUCUUUUCGUGCUGACCAACUGUGAUAUGCCACCAAUUUGUCAAAAUAAAGAACGAUAUGAUAACUUCCUGCAUGUGUUGAAGGUCAUACAUUGCAGGUGAUCGUAUCAUGACAAUGUGCCAUUGUCCAUUUGUGACAUUUUCUAAGCACUUAUUUGCACGAAAAUUCUGAUUUUUAUUGGAUGUACGUUUCAGCUGAAUUAAUAAUUGUCAGUACGCUUGUCAGCCUGCUCCAUAAACUUGUCCUUAGUUUUUCAUGUCAGGAAGAGUACUUACUUGGGAUAGUAAUAGGUAAGGAUUUCAGUAUUCUUCUCCCUCACCCUUAGUAAACCUUUUUUCGCAAUUGAGACGACCACUUAGACUUAGAUGGUAACAAAUCGCUUCUCAGACGAGUCACCUAAAACCUGAAAAAGUUUCCACCUUGCCUGGUAGUAGAAUUUGCCUUUCUAAACAGUUACUCACGAAGUGGCUGAAAGCUUGGUCAUCUGGAGGUGGGAUGGGUUUUGAUUACUAGAAUGGACUGAAUGGGGGCUACUGGUUUUGGGCUGCUUGAAAGCCAUAUAUCUCCAUAGAAUCGGGUUCAAUGUGGCAGCUGGGCCUACAGAUAAGAGCUGGAUAGGGCUUUUGGAGCCAUAUGCUUUCUCUACAAUCCUUCUUCAUAAUUUGCUAUAGAAGAUUUUGAAGCAUGUCGUGCCGUCUGUUGAGCAGAGAACUGGUCCACUAACCAUCAAUAAAUUUUAGAACUGUAUUUGACUUCUGUUCAUAUUGUUCUACUUCUAGGAAUGAUCUUCACCAUGUGCAUUACAUAGUUCUACGUCAAUCUCGGACAACCUUUAGAGUUGUGUUGCUGACAUUCUGGUCACUACUUCAACUGGUUUAUGAUAUCAAUUUACUGGAUCAUGCUAUCUUCGUAGACGUUCUUAUCUUUUUGCGCAAUCAAAUGUGUCAAACACUGUUAUUAUUACUGUUGUCUAAGGUUGCUAUGGUUUUUCCAUGAGGUCAUAUGCAUAGUCUGCCUUUGUUGGACCCUCCGAUAGAAAGAGAUAAUGCCUGAAAUGAUUUUUAAUUUGUAAAUUAUUUAACGUAUUUGCACUAAAUUUCUUCCAGUUCAUGCUCUUCCUUGAGCAUCUUACCCUGAAAAUAUUGACAUUCAUCAUCUGUUCUAAACAGGAAGCUGUGAUUUCAAGCGUUAAAGAAUGGCUGAAUGAUCCAGCCAUUGGAAAUAAUUCUGUGCUACGGUUGGUUGCGGGGAUUAUAUUUAUGCAUGAACAGGACUACAAUGAGGCGCUGAAGCAUACCAAUGCUGGAGGAACCAUGGAACUGUUAGUCCGAAAGACUAUUUAUUUUUUAUUUUAUUUUGAUACUAGAGUAAUAAAAGAAAAGUUAUGAUACUUCAGGCUCAUAUGUUUGUAGAAAAGGAUACUUUUUCCUCUUUUAAAUUCUCUGUAAUCAAUCAUUUCUUAUAUGUUCACAGACAUGCACUCAACGUGCAAAUAUACCUGAAGAUGCACAGGGCUGAUUAUGCAGAGAAGCAACUUAGGAUCAUGCAACAGAUUGACGAAGAUCACACACUGACUCAACUGGCGACUGCUUGGCAUGACCUUGCUGUGGUGGGCCCUCUUUUAUUUUUUUGGAAAUAUAUAUAUGUGAACUAUAACUUUAUAAGUAUAUAUAUAUCUUUCUGUGGCUGAUUCUUCUCUCUCUCUCUCUCUCUCUCUCUCUCUAUAAUCGUAGGGCGGCUCGAAGAUCCAGGAAGCCUACCUAAUCUUCCAGGACUUCUCAGAAAAAUUUCUAAUGACUGGGCUGGUCUUGAAUGGAAAGGCUGUCUGCUGCAUGCACAUGGGCAACUUUGAUGAGGCUGAAACCUUGCUACUGGACGCCUUAACCAAGGUAAUCCAUUGUUUAUUUUUGGUAACUUUAGAAUUCAUGACGAUCCAUCUGACUAUUUAUCUGGUCGAUAUAACACAGCUUUAAGCUAAUUACUGUGCAUUUUGUGCAGGAUCCAAGGGAUCCAGAGACACUGGCCAACUUAAUUGUCUGCAGUCUACAUCUUGGGAAAUCAUCUACACGCUACCUCAGGUAAUUUCGAUCCAUCUAAUCCCCAAUCCAAAGUGGGAUCUAAACACUGAAUCAUAUGCAUAUAUAUUCACACUGAAUUUUUUAAAAAAAUAUCUGGCCUAUUUUUCUUGGUUUUCUGAGUAUGGUUUCGGCUCCCGUAACUCCUCCAGCCAGCUGAAGCUGCACCAUUCUAAGCACAUGCUUGUGAAGCGCCUCUCGGCCGCAGAGGAGGCCUUUGAGCGGGCCCUCCAGAGUGUUGCAUGA